AUCAAAGCUGAACAAAGAUUCAGUUCGUUCUCCACUUCUGCUUCUGCUUCUAUUUGUUCUCACAAGAGACCUCAGGAUAGGAGUAACAAAUUCAACAGAAGUCACAUUUCCUGAUAAUCGGUCGAAGGUUGAAUUGGAGUCGAAAUUGGAGUCGAAGGAGGUUGAAAUUGAGUUGGAGUCGAAGGAGGUAGAGGUUGAGUUAGAGUCGAAGGAGGUUAAGGUUGAGUUGGAGUCAAAGGAGGUUGAGGUUGAGUUGGAGUUGUUGGAGUUGAAGGUGUAUUGUUAG